AUGUAUAAGACAUCAAGUAAUUCUUCUGAAACUCCACAACAACACCGUCCUCCAACAUCUGAAAUGCAACAACAACAUGCAUUAUCUGAAGAAAUGGUUGCUCGUUAUUUAGCUCGUAAACCGAAUUUUCUUAAACGAUGGUUUAAAGAUAAUGCACCAACUGAUUUAAUACAAGAAUGUAUAAGAAUAAAAGAACAAAAAGAAUAUUUGGCUAAACCACGUGCAUCAUUAACACAUGAAAUGUUUAAUAAUAUUGUUCAAGGUAAUCAAACAAAUCGUGAGUUACCAUUAACAUCAUCUCAAGCUGUUGAUUAUAUGAAUUUAAAUGAACAUGAACUCUUUUUUGAGCUUAUACGUGAUAUUGCAAAUGAAUUAAAUGUUGACGUUGUUUGUCAUAAAAUUUUAACAAAUGUUUCAAUAUUAACAAAUUCAGAUCGUGGAAGUCUAUUUUUAGCCCGCGGUCCAAAAGAUGCUCGAUAUCUUAUUUCAAAAUUAUUUGAUGUUACAGCUGGCUCAACACUUGAGCAAUCACUUCAUACUGAAGAUAAACAAAUUGUUAUACCAUUUGGAAAAGGUAUUGCUGGACAUGUUGCUUCAACCAAAGAAUAUAUUAAUAUUCCUGAUGCUUACGAAGUAAGAUUAUCUUGA